AGCGUGCUUAGAGUUCUUGAAUGGUACCGAAGGAUUUUCAUUGUCUGCGUGACGGAUUGAUUGUGUUGUCGUUGGCGUUAGCGAUCCAUUCGAGUUUUGAACGUUUGCGUCUGCUCUGUUGCGAUUUUUAGUCUUUCGAAGGAUGCAUUGGAGAAUGGUUUUGGUGGCGGAACUGGACCAUGGCGAUGUCGGGAGCGGGAGUGUUUUCUAGCUGGGAGAGUGGAGCGUGGCGUAGUCUUCUUAGGGUUUGAAUGUUUGGGUGGAUUGGGAGUACUAUGUGUGGUUUAGGAUCGGAGGUAUGGCUUCAUUGUCCGGUUCUGUUUUUGGAGAUCGAUGAGGUGUGAGUAGUUUAUGUCAGGGGGGUUCGGUGGUGAGGUUUUGGGCGGAGGGAGUGAUGGAAAUCGGGGAACAACAAGAGGAUUCUGCGGGGUUGAAUACUGGAGAUAAGAAACGUGGAAUCGGAACCAUGGAGUCUGGGGAGGAACAAGGAGGGGAGUAUACGGUGGCUACGAAGCCAGAUGAGCAUCAAGAAGAGAAGGCAAUUGAAGCGUUGGUAGAGAAGGAGGACGCAGUAAUGGACUCUUUGCCCGUGGAAGUGGAGACGGACAAGCUCCGGGCGGAGAGAGAAAAGGCGCCGGAUAAUGCCGAGGAGCGAGUAGUUCACGAAGCUGCAGGAGGUUUAGGGUUUCCCAGCGAAAAGACUGUACGGGUAUCCGACGGAGACAAAGUCAGGGAUGCAGGUCAGCACAAUGUAGGUGAAAGGAAUGGCGUAGAGCAGCAGGUUCAGGAAAAGGGAGGGGCAGAAGGACACGGAGAAGACGAUGGACAAGCUGAAGUCGAUGCCACCAUGGCGGACAACGACGCUGACACUGAGGUCGAAAUGGCUGAGGCACCUGGAGAAGCGGAGGGCGAAGAACAAAGACCAGCCGGAGAACAGCCAGCUGGUGAUGAAACAAAUGGUGCAAGGAUGGUGCGAGUCGGUGUGAAGAGGAAUGGGUCUGCAGCUUUGGAUAAUACUGAUGGUGCAGGGGGUGAGGUGGUUGUCAAAAGGCCCAAGAAGAAAGCCAAUGUUUGGAGUAAAUCUAGCACUCGGAAGACCAGCAGAAAGUCGAAACCUGUUAAGAUCCCAAGUGGUGAAAAGAAAGAAGAAUGUAUUGAAGUGAAUCCCACCCAGCGGUAUCUGCUAGAGGAGAGGAAUGGAAUUCAAUUGUCCAAAGAUCAGAAAGCUGAAAAGGUAGAGCUCUCUCUGGACAAGUUGCAAGCCAGUAGUGAAAAGGGGUAUCGGAUGGUCAGGGCUACUCGUGGUAUUUCUGAGGGGGCCUGGUACUUCGAGAUUGUAGUGAAAGAUCUUGGCAAGACGGGGCACACUCGUUUGGGAUGGAGCACGUGGAAAGGUGACUUGCAGGCGCCUGUGGGAUUUGAUGCAAAUAGCUAUGCCUUCAGAGACGUCGAUGGAAGUAAAGUACAUCAAGCGAUUCGAGAGCCAUAUGCAUCUGCAUAUGCGGAAGGAGAUGUCAUCGGAUUCUACAUUAAUCUACCCGAUGGUGCGAAAUAUGCAUCAAAGUACGAAUUAUAUGUGAACAAAGCCACCAGGGCUGUCUUCCGUGUGCCACUUGAGAAGGAAGAUGGACCUCCCAAGUGUGUUCCAGGAAGUGAAGUGUCUUUUUUCAAGAACGGCGUUUGUCAGGGCGUUGCAUAUAGGGACAUAUUUGCUGGUGAAUACUACCCCGCGGCUUCAAUGUAUACGCUCCCUAUGCCUGAGAAAAAAUGCUCUGUGCGUUUUAAUUUUGGGCCCAACUUUCAGUUCCCUGUCAAAGAUUGGGGUGAUAAACCAGUCCCCUUGCCUAUGUCUCAGGCUCCUCCACCUGAAGGUUUGGCGGCGGCGGACAUUGAAGAGCCUCCUCCAGCCGACGGUAGCAAAGAAUCCAAAAAGUCCGACACAGCAAAUGUUGCUGGAGGUAAACAAAGAAUGGCAGCAGAACGAGGAAACAGUAGCGCAGAAGGUCGUAUUGCUGUUGGAGUUGGUAGUGGUAGUGGCGUACGGACUAAAAGGGCAACAGAUGAUAAAGAGCGUGUCAAACGCCCAGGAUUGCCUGCAAAGAAAGUGCCCGUUCCCAAGGGCUCUAAAAAGAUGAUUAGUAUGCUUCCUCGAUCUAUUGUAGCGAAGUCUCCCGCCAAGUCUCCUAUGAGUGAUGCGUCUUUGCAAAUUGAAGUGAAUCUUGAGGGUUGCAGUAACGACGGUAGUGGUGACUUUGACGCUGGGCUCUCUUUGCAUGACAAAGGUAACAGCUCUGACACACAAACGGACUAGCGUUGAUUGCAAUCGAUUGCAGUGGAUUGUGAUUGUUCGGUAGCUAGUAUUGUUCAAAAGAAACUGGCUCUUCACAAAUUCAUCGAGUGGACAUGCUUUGCAUGUAUGAAGGCCUAGAGGGGAUUACUGUAUGAUAGAUGAGAAAGAUGGAGCCAAAGCAGGCCGACAGUGAUAGAUGACGGCAAGGUCUGAAUCGGGGACGCAAAAUUACAACUGAUGCGUCGUUGACAUGUAUCCUGCUUGUUUGUCUUUGCCAUAUCAGCCCAGAUUUAGAUUAAGGUUAGAAUAGAAGUUGUUAUAAUGUGUAUCUGCGAAGGGAGGUCAAUGGGAAGGAUGUAGUCCAAGAACUUGACCGUUUUCUAUAAUUUUCUGAAUAUGAGAUCAUUCAAGGAUAAAUGCCCUCAAAGGUUCAAGCCAAGUAUUUAUUGCUAAUCUGAACAUAUUUGUUUGCUACGAAGCUACAGUACAAUGUCCCUGAUUAUUGUAGCUCAAAGAUUGUGCGAGGAGCUUGUAGACGUAUGAAGUGAUAGCACUUGCUUCCUAUACCCAAUAUGUAAUUCAAAAUGUACUUACCUGGUCAUCAUAAUUCACAAGGCUAGGUUUAUUUCAAUUCAA